AUGUCACGAAUCAGCUGGGAGUUCACUGCCUGGACCGACAUUCUAAGCGAUGUCAACCUGCCAUAUCACGAGGCUGCAGUUCGAGAAGCCCGAGAGCUUCCCGUAUCAACGUUUUCCGAGAUUUUGCGCAGCAUUGACCCGCUAAUGUCUCCGGAGACUGAUAUCGCACACGGACUCAACCUCACCCAGGCACAUGCGCAGUUCACCUAUCCCGGCAUGCUACUGAACCAGUUUGGCGUGCGCAAAGUUCACCAUGGCGUUCUUCAGGGCGUUCGAACCUUGCUUGAGAUCCGCAGUCAAGCCCCAUCGACUCACAGCCCGACGGCCGCAGAUUUCGAGGUAGCCAUGAGAUGUGCCGGUGCAGCGGUAGACCACCAGCAGGCCAAGGCAUUCUGGGCCGCCAUGGCAGCUCAAGGCUUGCAGGACUCUCGAACGUCCAAGUCAUGGUCCGACUUUAUCAAGGCUCGUUUCAUGGUAGAGCCCGUCUACUAUCAAUUCGACCGCUCCAGAGUUGCUUUCCUUGCGCGCGACCUGUACAGCAACCACAAUCCGAUGCCCGUGUCGAAGCUUGAACGCCUGGACAACAUCAGAUUCAGCGUCAAUGCCCUAAAGAGGGAGCCGUGGAACCGCAGACCCGAUCAGCUAGACGAAGACUUGCGGCGCCUCCUCCGCCGUCGUGCGGGCUACACAAGCUACAAGAACCACUGGAUACGAAACCUCUACUACGGCCACGAGAUGGAUGAAGAAUUGCUGUGCACUUCCAUGGUUGCCUUUGCCAGAUCCAGCUCGCUCUACUCCAUCAAAAAGAUGAUCUUGGAGAGCUACUACGGCAUCGUCAUCACCAAUACCGAUCAAGGCAUUCAAGUCUCUGGAGGCCGCGACUUCGCCCACAACUCCCCCCUGAAGCCAACCUCCCGCCUCUUGCAAGCCAUCGUCGAGGCCUUUGGAUCAAUGUCGCACAUUGUCCUCGGCACCAAGCUGCUGGACUUUGUCUCCCGCCGCUACGACAUCCCCAUCCCGCACGAGACGUGGUCCAGCCUCCUCAACUGGACCUACGUCUCGGCCUCCAAGCCCUUCAAGCGCACUCGCGACAUCCACACCGGCAGCCUGUCCACGGCCAGCUCCGCCGCCGACGUCCGCCACAUCUGGGACGUCAUGACCGCGGAGCCGUACAAUAUCAUCCCGACGCUGGCUGACCUCGACAUCUACGUCAAAACGCUCAUCAACCAGCGCUCCUUCGGCCAGGCCAUCAGCGCCAUCCGCACCCACGCAAUCCCCCUCUAUAACUCCCUCUGCAACACCCAUCAAACCGCCCUCGCCGACGAAGUCCUCCAGCUAGACGCCCUCUACUCCAUCUCCACCGCCCACGCCUCCUCCCUCACCUCCCGGGCCACCUUCCGCCGCCGCCAGGCCCAGCUCCUCAAAGACCACGCCCACCACCUCAUCUCCUCGUGGUUCGCCCGCCUCCUCAAGUCCGCCUCCGCCACAAAGGCCCGCGAGGGAUCCCUCAUGCGCACCCGCAUCCCCGACCUCCUCCUCGAAUUCCCCGACUUCUUCCACCACGAGAUCCGCUACCGCACCGCCCAGGGCCACGUUGUCCUGCGCCGGCCCGACGCCGACGUCGCCCGCCGCUUCGACUGGGACGCCGGCACCUGGCGCCGCACUCUUCCGCAGAAGAAGGCGGGCAUCUAUGCGCGAGACUUUGAGGGCGCAAGCGACCCAGAAUUUCCCUGGCCACAGGCUGAUAGCAUCAAGGUGCUGGAGUGGAAGAGGGUGCCGAGAAAGAGAUCUGAGUUGGCUCGUCGACCACCAGGCGAGGCGGCGAGGGAAUCGAGAGCGAAAGAAUGGUGGGAUGCUCUAGAAGAAGAACUGAUGCUGUAG